AUGGAUUCUUCAUCUUCUUCAUCCUCACUAUCCAUCACCAGAGAAGAGUUCAAUGCUUUCCACAAGUUUGAAAGAGAUCUUUUCACUCGUAUUGUCAUAAGUCUAAGACGAGACAUUAGCCUGUCUUUUGAGAUCAUGUGCUUUCUCAUAUAUCUCGAGAAAAGUGUUUUCAUGAGCAAACUAAUCUUUAAUCUUGUUUCAUUACCAGACCUUUUCAUCAACACCGUCAUUGACGAGGUCGUCAUGUGUCUGCGCUGCUUAUCCUACGAAAAUUUCCCAACGUUCGUGGCCAGCUUGAAAAACAUCAACUCCUUAUCCAUACCUUGGAUCAGGCGUAUGACCAGACAGAACUUUACUCUCGAAGGCAUCCACCAAAAGCGCGAAGACAUUCUCCUUGAGAUGAAGAAGCAUUUAACAAGUAUAUGCUACCCAGCUUUUGAGGAUAUAUGCGUGCGCUUUGAGAUGCAAAACAAGGAGAAGAUGCAUACCUCUAGCCACUUCUUGUGUGGUCAACAAGCAACAACUAAUCAUGCAGCAGGAACAAGCAACGUUGAGGGACAGCAACUAACGGCUGAGGACAGGACUGUCUUCCUCACAUUCUCUAAAGGAUACCCAAUCUCUGAAGUAGAAGUGUAUGAAUAUUUCACCAGGAGAUUUGGAGAUAUUGUGGAAGCGAUACACAUGGGUGGAGUAGGAGGGAAGGACCUGCAAGUGCUGUAUGCAAGGAUGGUGUUACGUUCUGCCGCCAAGAUUCCAGAGAUUGUAAAGGAUGAGGCGUGCCCGACCAAGUUCGCCAUUAAUGGAAAACAUGUCAAGGCUCGGAAAUUUAUUCCCAUUCACAAAUCCGUUAAUAAUCUUCCUUACCCUUCCUUUGGAGUCUCUCUCUAGUUACAUAUAUUUUUCUUGUUUGAUCUUUGAGGAGUUCUAAACCCCACUUCAAAAAA